UAUCCGCAGUCUCUGCACGGGAUGCAAGCCCUCGCAGUCACAGAACUGUCUGCCUAGAGGAUUCUACAAAGUGUGCGCACAGUAAAGGGCCGGGCAAAGCUUCUGACCGCACUCCGGCUGGGGAUAACUCAGUACUAAUAAAACCGGGGCAAGUCCUCUCAGAGAUGCUGAAGAUGCUACAGGGGACAAGGCUGCUACAUGCGACCAAUGGAGAUGAUUCCUCUUCCUGAAUACGCAGCCGUGUGCCAACCCGUCGGUGUCACAGAUGGUUACAGCCCUCGAGAUGCACCUCGCCACCAAGUAAAAGGAUAGAGGAGGAUACGCUUCAGGUGUGACUGUUCCGUUUAAAGAGUUAACCGCGUAUACGGUUUCGGAGCAAGUCUUGGAGCGUCAGCAGGAAGUCCCAAAACCAGCCGAGCUUCUUCACGAUAAGGAAAUGUUUGUGGAUUCCCCGAUAAUUCCAGCAGCGCAAGAUGACCCGCAGCUUUUUGGGGAAAGCACAUGAAAAACUGUUGGCUCCCAACAGAGGCUGUGGCCUGGAAGAUGGCGCGAAGAAGCUGAGCCUUAUGUGAACCUGACGUUCGUGAAGAAUGACCACUAUGAGAAGGGGAACGACGUGGUCGUCGUGCAUGUUUAUGUCAAGCAGAUCUGCAAGGAGACCUCUCGGGUGCUGUUUCGGGAGCAGGAUUUCACUCUGAUCUUUAAGACUAGUGAUCCCAACUUUCUAAGGCUCCACCCCGGUUGUGGUCCUGACCCAGUCUUCAGAUGGCAGGUGAAACUCAGGAACCUUAUAGAGCCAGAUUUGUGCAGAUUCAACUUCACAGGCUCUCGAAUUGAUAUCUCUCUACAGAAGAAACAGUGUCAGAGAUGGGGAGGCCUUGAGGCACCAACCACACAAGGUGCAGUGGGUGGUGCAAAGGUCGCAAUGCCUGCCAGUCCUGCCCCCCUCGAUAAAGCACAGCCUGGGAGUAACCAGCAUGCUCUGUCCAGCAAAGAGGAAGCCAGAGGCGUAGAGAAGGAGAAGCCCCGGGCAGAAGAGGCCAGUCUGGAGAAGGUUGCACCGAGAACAGCAGCCGAACACGUCUCUGUAAAAUCAGAGCCACUUCUGCCUUCUCCCAAACCAACAUGCAUGGUCCCUCCUAUGACACACAGCGCAAUGAGCAGUGACAGUGCACAGGAGGAAGAGGAGAAGAGAGUCUGCUUGCCAGGUUUUACUGGUCUGGUUAAUCUGGGAAACACUUGCUUUAUGAACAGCGUUAUCCAGUCUCUGUCCAACACACGAGAGCUUAGGGACUAUUUCCAAGAUCACUCUUUUGAGUCGGAGAUCAACUGCAACAACCCUCUAGGAACCGGCGGUCGUCUGGCAGUUAGUUUUGCCGUGUUGUUAAGAGCUCUGUGGAAGGGCACACAUCAUGCCUUCCAGCCAUCUAAGCUGAAGGCGAUCGUUGCAAGCAAAGCCAGCCAGUUCACAGGUUAUGCCCAGCAUGAUGCCCAGGAGUUUAUGGCUUUCCUCCUGGAUGGGCUUCAUGAAGAUCUAAACAGGAUUCAAAACAAGCCAUACACUGAAACUGUGGACUCCGAUGGAAGGCCGGAUGAGGAGGUCGCUGAUGAGGCCUGGCUGCGGCAUAAGAUGAGGAACGACUCCUUUGUGGUCGAUCUUUUCCAGGGCCAGUAUAAGUCUAAGCUGGUUUGUCCUGUCUGUGCUAAGGUGUCUAUUACAUUUGAUCCCUUCCUGUACCUACCGGUUCCUUUACCCCAAAAGCAGAAGGUCCUUACAGUCUACUAUUUUGCAAAGGAGCCACACAAGAAACCCAUUAAGUUUUUGGUCAGCAUCAGUAAAGAGAACUCCAGUGCUUCAGAUGUCCUCGAGUCCAUCUCUCAGAGCGUGAGAGUUAAGAUGGAAAACCUGAGGUUAGCUGAGGUAGCGAAACACCGCUUCCACCGCAUGUUCAGGCCGUCUUGCUCUGUGGACUCGGUCUCUCCAUCAGAUGUACUCCUGUGUUUUGAGGUUCUGUCCCCGGAACUUGCCAAGGAGCGUGUCCUUGUGCUGCAGGUCCAGCAGCGUCCCCAGGUUCCUAGCAUCCCAAUCACCAAAUGUUCUGCGUGUCAGAAGAAACAGCUGUCUGAAGAGGAGAAACUAAAGCGGUGUACCAGGUGCUAUCGGGUUGGAUAUUGCAACCAGGCCUGCCAGAAAACUCACUGGCCCGAACACAAAAUUGCUUGCCGACCUGAAAAUAUUGGGUACCCGUUCCUAAUCAGCGUCCCCGAGUCUCGUCUGACCUACACCCGCCUGGCACAGCUACUUGAGGGUUAUGCAAGAUAUUCAGUAAACGUGUUCCAGCCUCCAUUCCUCCCGGGCAGAAUGUCCCCAGAACAGCCUCCACAACCACUAAAUGCAGAGAAGGCAGAGUCCUCCGUGGCACAGUCUAGUUGCACAUACCUAGGAGAGCCACAGGAGGAUGACCGAGUGUCUGCGCUGCUGUCCCUGGGGUCUUCCCCCUGCCACACAGCACAGACAGAGGCGGCGGGAGAGGACGGUGCUCAGGGGAAGACGUGUGCAGACAGGCACUCUUUCGUCAGCACGGACUCUGGGUUUUCUGAGCAAGCCUCAGACACUUUAAGGGAAUUUGAUUCGGGGGGAGAAAAAGAAACAUCGUAUGAAAAAUCUGUUAAACCCGAAGCUGCUGUCCCUGGUUACCAACAAUCAAUGGAGCUUUCAAGUUCCCACGCUGCUCUGUUUUUCAUCUACCAUAUUGACUCCUCGGGAAGAGAGGUGAAGCUGGAGGACAAAGGUGACUGUGCCCUGGAUCUGUCUGAAGACAGCUCGCUGGCUUUGGUGUGGAAGAACAACGAGCGCAUGAAGGAAUUUGUGCUGGUGGAAUCGAAGGAUCUGGAAUGCGAUGAAGAUCCAUCAUCUGCCAGUGAAGCUGCUAGAGUUGGCCUGUUCACCUUGGAGCAGUGUCUCAACCUCUUCACUAAGCCUGAGGUCCUGGCCCCGGAAGAAGCCUGGUAUUGUCCUAAAUGCAAUCAGCAUAGAGAGGCCUCAAAGCAGUUGAUGCUGUGGAGGCUCCCGAACAUCCUGAUCAUCCAGCUGAAACGCUUCUCCUUUCGAACGUUUAUCUGGAGGGACAAAAUAAAUGACCUGGUGGAUUUCCCUGUCAGGGGUCUGGAUCUAACAACAUUCUGCAUUGGGCAAAAGGAAGACCACCAGAGGCCUAUCUAUGACCUCUAUGCAGUCAUUAAUCAUUAUGGAGGCAUGAUUGGGGGACACUACACGGCCUAUGCCAGACUCCCCAAUGAUAAAAACAGUCAGCGGAGUGAUGUAGGCUGGAGGCUUUUUGACGACAGCACAGUGACCUCGGUGGACGAGAGCCAAGUGGUGACGCGAUACGCAUAUGUACUGUUUUAUCGGCGGAGGAACUCUCCUGUGGAGAGACCCGUACGGGGGCACGCUGCGAAUCGAAGAGCUGACACGGGAGCAUCUGCUGAUGGAGCUACGAGUCAGGUAAUGGGC